GUUGAAAUGGAGGGGAGUAAAGGGAGAAUUAGCACAAUGCUUGUUUACUAUCCAUGUGGCAACCUCUGCACAGCCAGUAAUCCAUUCAUUAUCCUCACUGAUUGAGUGUGAGAGCAGUGCAGUGGUAACUACUUCACUUAGCUGAUGGCAGACGACAAAAGCAGGGAAAUGAUGAAUUCGGACAAUUUAACCUCCCAGAGCUUUCUCUCUGCAAUUCAUAGCAAUGCCAGCAAUUUAUUCUCAGGGCUCCAGUUUGUUCAGUCCUUCAAGCCACUCAUCAUCCCCUGCUACUCCCUAGUAGUUUUUAUUGGUGUCAUUGGGAAUUAUCUUCUUAUUUAUGUCAUCUGCAAAACGAAAAAAAUGCACAAUGUGACCAACUUUCUGGUAGGCAAUCUGGCUUUCUCAGACAUGCUCAUGUGUGCAACCUGUGUGCCUCUGACUCUCGCAUAUGCCUUUGAGCCCAGAGGAUGGGUGUACGGACGUUUCAUGUGCUACUUUGUGUUCCUGAUGCAACCCGUCACUGUCUUUGUGUCUGUCUUCACCUUGACUGUCAUAGCUGUGGAUAGGUAUUAUGCCAUGGUGUACCCAUUCCGGAGGAGGCUCACUAUCCCUGUUUGUGCCUAUAUCCUGGCUGCCAUUUGGCUGCUGAGCUGCACCUUGGCUGCCCCAGCCUUGCUCCACACUUAUCAUGCGGAAUUCCCAGAGUUGGACUUCUCCAUCUGCGAGGAGUUUUGGUUCCAUAUGAAAAGAGAUCGCUUGGCUUAUGCUUACAGCACUCUCAUCAUCACCUACGUGCUGCCUUUGACCGUCAUCUCCCUGUCCUACCUGCGAAUCUCAGUCAAGCUGAAAAACCGAGUGGUCCCAGGCAAUGUCACACAGGGCCAAGCUGAAUGGGACCGGGCAAGAAGGAGAAAGACUUUUCGCUUGCUUGUCUUGGUGGUGGCAGCCUUUGGAGUCUGUUGGCUGCCUCUGCACAUCUUCAACGUGGUAAAGGAUAUAGAUAUCAGUUUAAUUGAUAAGCAGUACUUCAAUUUAAUCCAGCUGCUAUGCCACUGGUUUGCCAUGAUGUCUGCUUGCACCAAUGCCUUCCUCUAUGCCUGGCUCCAUGACAGCUUUAGGGGGGAGCUGAAGAAAAUGUUUGCCUGGAGAAAGAAGAAAAUUGGACCCACUACAAAUUGCAUUAUGGCCAGUGUGGUGCUGUAAACACAAGAGCUGGUGGGAGUGCACUUCCUGCAAUACUGAAACACAAAAGAGUGGGAGGAGAUGUCUCUAAUUCCAACAUCAAUAUUUCCUACAAUUCCUACAUUUCCAUUUGGCGCUGGUGACACUCAGCAGUGAGCAGGGCUGUGGGGAACAGCUUGGAGCUUUGCAAAGGAGCAACAACGUUACCCUCUCUGCCAAUUACAACUGUUGAUUUCUGGACUGUGGACUGUGGAUUUCUGGUUGCUGCAAUGGCACCCUGUGUCUCACAACAGCAGGAGGGGUUUUGGCUUUGGUGAUGUGCACAAUGCUGAGGACUGGUUCUGCAUAGCUGGGAUUUCCAGUGUCAGGGGAGCACAUCUGGCAGCAGCUGGUGAUGUGAUGCUGAGCAACAGGAGGGCUUGCACCUAUCUGAGGUGGCCCUGCUCUCUCUGUGGCUUCUUAGCCACAGGGAGCUGUGUUCAGUUGCCCCAUUGCA